UAUGUUCUAAGACUUUCAAGAUGAGUUUGCAUAUGUAACGAAUAGUGUAGUUACUCUAUUUAUCCUUAUUAAUUCUGGGUUCGGUAGUAUUUUUUUUUUUGGAAAUGAAGCAUACUAAGAGUGUAGAUAGAAGGGAAAAGUGAUAGUAUAGUAAGUUGGACCAUUGCAAUUUUUAAUAGAAAUAAUUUGUUGUUUGAUAAAUUUGAUAUAUGUGAGUUACUUACAUUAUGUAACAGUGAAAUAUAAUAAUAAAGAGUAGCCAAUUCGAAUGCAAAUAGUUUAGAAGAUAAUGAACAUAAUAGUGCCAAUAAUUUGAUAUU